UCCAACGGCCCAAAGCAGCCGGUUUUUACCAAAGUGCAAUCCCUUCUCUCCAACCCUGCCGCCCGAAGGCUGCAGCCAUGCGGCGGCACUACGCCGAGCUCCUCCGCCGUGCCGCCUCGCUGCCGUCUCUCUCGCUUGUGGCCUCCCUCCACGCCGCCGCGCUCCGCCGAGGCGCGGUCCUCGUCCCCUCGCUCAUCCACGCCUACUCCGCGUGCGGCGACCCAGCCUCCGCCCGCAGCGUGUUCGACGGAUUGCCCGCACAGGAGCAGACACUCUCCGCGCGCACCGCGCUGGCCAGCGCUAUGUCCGCGCACGGCAGGUGCCGGGAGGUGUUCGGCCUGUUCCGCGGCUGGGAGGGGGAGAUGGACGACAAGGCGGUGACGGUGGUCCUCGCCGCGUGCGCUAGGGCCGGGAUGAUCAGCGAGGGGAGGGAAGUCUUUGCGAGGGUGCGGAGGCCAGCGUUGCAGCACUACACGUGCAUGGUGGAGAUGCUGGGACGGGCCGGGGAGGUCGAGGAGGCAGAGGGGCUGCUGGCGCGGAUGGAGGCGCGACCGGACAGGAUCAUCUGCACGGUGCUGCUCGCGGCGUGCCGGGUGCAUGGCCGUGUCGAUGUGGCUGAGAGAGUGGCUAGGUUGAUGAGCGAGUAUGGCAUUGUAUGAAUUUUGGCAUAUUGAUCAGUUGACAAACUGGCCAUUGUGUUAGGCUGUUAGCCCAAGAGCAGUGAUCAAAACCAUUGUGAUAUGGAACUGAUAACACAUAGUUUGGUUGACGGCAAUGCCGCAAUGGUGGUUCUUGAAGUUCAUGCAGUAAUGCAGUACAACACAAGCCCCUGGCCGGUGAGAUCUGCAUUUUGUAGAAGUCUAUGUUGCAGUGGACGAACCACAUGAGCGCCAGCACACUUCACUGCUUGAACCUGUAUGGAAGCACAAUUCGAAGGCAUCUAUCAGAUUGCUAUAAAAUGAGUAAUGUCGGUACUAUAGACCAUCUGCAGUGGAAUGCCCGUCAGUUUUCUCAGUUGCUGACUGUCUACGCUCUCUGAUUAGCUUGAUGAUGGGCGUACAUUUCUGGACUGUAAGUUGUCAAGCUUAAUGGAGCCUGGCAGCCCGUAAUGCAACACAAAGAGAAGUCGCCAAAGUUAAUAGUCGAACCUGUCAAUAUUGUUAAUAGCUGUAACUGUCAAUCUUGACUUCUUGAGUGAAUUGUUGAGGAGCAGUUUCGAUCAAAUUUUGUUGAAGUUGGAUGUGGUGGGAACCAUCAAAAUACAGGAAGUCUGCUCCAAGAACAUGUUGUGAGAUCUUCCAGGAUCCAGUUUCUGGAUACUUCAGAGUUCUGGCAUUCUCUCACUGUGGAAACUGUACCUCCUGCUAUGGUUUCAAUUUACCGAGCAUAGAACGUCUGUUUUAAAUGGUUGGUCUCUUCAUUAUUGUGUCCGCUGUCACAGCAAUCACCGGAUCUUAUUCUGGACAUAUGUGCAAUGAUACUUGAGCAAAUCAGCUCUCUGAUGUAAAUACUCACGUUGACGCAGAACGUCCAUCUCGCAUGCGACACAUGGGUGCGAGGGAAUGCGGAGUUGGGCGUUGCUGGUAAGAGACAGAACAAGUGGAACCUGGUUGGGAAAUUAGCAGGAGAAAUGGGGAAGUGGUUGUUCUGGUCAUGAGCACACCUGAGCUCGUUAUCUGGGCGGUUCGGCGCUCCAUUGGGAUGUGGUGCAUUCAAUUCCUGUGCCAGUGCGUUGUUCGUUUUUAAAGGAGGAAAUGUGGAAAUACAGUAGAUGGGUACGACGUACGUAGGUCUAGUUAUGGAGCGAACGUUUGCUGCCGUGAUGGAUCUAAAGGAGAGCCAUGGCUCGUGACGUCAGCCCCGUCCUGAUCCGUGGAUCAGGAUGUAUGUUUUCCAGUAGGACGGUAGUAGAGUAGUGAAUGAGGGAUGGCACCAAGACGGAGUUGCCUCCAACCUCUACCUGCUCUGUUUGUGCACUGUCGCUUGCGGCUAGCUGAGCCUGAGCGGCGGAAUUCAUCCUGCAAAUACACAGCUGGCGGCGCAAAAAUGGAGUUCCUGAUGCAACCAAUUAGGAGGACCACCGUGCUGGAUGAGGUUAAUGACAACAAGGUUCCAAUGGAGCCGCUGCACUACCCUGCGGUGGCAACCAUUGCAGAUCAAUUGCCGCCCAUGGCGGCAACGAGUGCUGGUGAGCAGAUCUGUGCAGCGGAGGGGUCGGCGGUCGCGGAAGCAGAUGGGUGUGGAUCGGAGCUGCCGCUCCCGUCAGGACGCCUUAUCCUAGUCGCAGGAGCGCCUUUGAGAAGUCAAUACGUGGUUUUGCGGAGAAGUCUGCAUCGGAUGAGCAGGAUAGGAAAGGUUACUGAAAAAGGAAGUUUUUUUGCAAGACAAUGGCAUGGCAAAUGAGAGAAAUAUUCAAGUCUGACGGGGAAGUUGAUUUGCAAGAAUCUAGAAUCGGCUAAGCUUGGUUUAAUUUUGUUUAAGAGAUGUCUUUGCACAUGAUGCAUGUAAAAUGCUUUCUAAAUUUUGUGUCAGCUUGAGGUAUUUGAAACUGUACUGAUCUAUUGUUUGUUACCCGUGGAA